AUGAAAUUGGCGAUGGUGGUAGUAGUUGAUGGUGGUGGCGGUGGGUGGUGGUGGCAGUGGAUGGGGGUGGCGAUGAUGGGUGGCGGGUGUCAAUGGUCGGCGAUGAGACCGAUGGUUGGUGGCAGAGGUUGGUGGUGGCGGUGGUCGGUGGCAAUGGCAGUUGACGUGGGUGGUGGCGGUGGUCGGAAGUGGCGGGUGGCAGUGGUUGGUGGUGGCGCCAGUGGGUGGCAGGUAGUGAUGGGGGCGGCGGUGGUGGUGGUCGGUGGUGGUGAGCGCGACGUUGUAUGGCAACAACGACGGGUGGUGGUGGCGGUCGUGGCUGCUGGUGGUAGAGGUCAGUUGUGGUGA